AUGAAGAUGGGAGUCCGAGUAUGGAUCAUGAUGCUGCUGCUGGCAAUCGGGGUGCAAGGACUGCGGAUCCCUCUGAAGAAAUUCCCAUCAGUCCGGAAUCGCUUUGGCCAGUCGGGCCUGCCCAUCGCUGACCUGCUAAGACGAGGAGGACUCAGGGCUGGAAAGCCCCCGAACGCUACCGUCACUCACCAACGUCUCCACAAUUAUAUGGAUGCACAGUACUAUGGGGAAAUCGGCAUUGGGACCCCGCCUCAGCAAUUCACCGUCGUCUUUGAUACCGGCUCUUCUAAUUUGUGGGUGCCCUCCUCCAAAUGUUGCCUGGCUCACAUGGCAUGCUGGGUUCACAGUCACUACCGGUCCUUCUUCUCUCGCACCCACGAGGCCGAUAACUCUAAAUUUGCGAUCCACUAUGGAAGCGGCAGCCUCAAAGGAUUCUUGAGCCGGGAUGUUCUCCAGAUUGGCAACAUGACCAUUCAUAACCAGACAUUUGCCGAGGCAACAGACCUGCCAGGUCUGGUUUUUGUAGCUGCCAAGUUCGAUGGUAUCUUGGGGCUGGGCUACCCCACCAUAUCGGUGAAGAAUAUCACCCCACCCUUUGAUCACAUGAUGCAGGAGAAGAUGCUCAAGAAAAACAUCUUUACAUUUCAUCUCUGCAACACCAACUAUGUCUCCCAAGACCAUGGGGGAGAAAUCACCUUUGGGGAGAUCAAUCACGAUGCCUACGAGGGGGAGAUUCAAUACCAUCCUGUGUCACGCAAGGCCUACUGGCAGAUCAAGAUGGACAAAGUGGACAGGGAGAAUUCGGGGAAGAUAUGCAAGGGCGGCUGCGACGGAAUUGUGGACACGGGGACGUCUCUUAUCACGGGGCCUACCGAUGAUAUCCGCGAAUUGCACGAGGCUAUUGGGGCUGAACACGCCUGGGGAGGGCAGUACUUGAUAGAUUGCGAAAAGAUGACUACGUUACCGAAUGUGACUUUCCACCUCGGUGGCAAACCACACACUCUGACCCCGGAUAUGUACACCCUCAAGGUGACCCAGAUGAAAAUGACCACUUGCGUCAGCGGCUUCAUGAGCCUCGACAUCCCCGCCCCUACCGGCCCCCUCUGGAUCCUGGGCGACGUUUUCCUCCGCCAGUAUUACUCCAUCUAUGACCGAGAUAACGACCGUGUUGGGUUGGCCCUUUCCAAACGAACCCUCUGCGGCAACUCUUCGGACGCGGAGACGACCGCGGCUCCCACCGUGGCAAGUACCACAGCCGCCAGUGGAAGCACCACCUCUGCCAGCUCAGAAGGUUCAGAAGCGCAAUGCUAG